AUGGCACCUUCAGCAAUCUCAAGCAGCCCCCCUCCAUCAACAAGCGGUACAUCCUCGCUAGCCACCUACCGCGGCUACGACCAUGUACACUGGUACGUGGGCAACGCCAAGCAAGCAGCAAGCUACUAUGUAACCCGAAUGGGAUUCAAGCGAAUCGCCUACCGCGGCCUUGAAACCGGCAGCCGCACCGUCUGCUCACACGUAGUCGGCAACGGCAACGUGACCUUCAUCCUGACUUCACCGCUCCGCUCUUUGGAGCAAGCCGACCGUUUCAGCACCGAAGAACAGGCCGAGCUGCGAGAGAUCCACGGUCAUUUCGAGAAGCACGGCGAUGCAGUCAAAGAUGUUGCUUUCGAGGUUGAUGAUGUCGACGCUGUUUUCAACGCUGCUGUGAAGAACGGCGCUAAGGUCGUUUCUAACCCUAAGAUUCUGGAGGAUAAGGAUGGCCAUGUCAAGGUUGCUACUAUCCAGACUUAUGGUCAGACUACGCAUACGCUUAUUGAGCGGAAUCAGUACCAUGGUACCUUUUUGCCUGGGUAUCGCGAUGAUACAGGAAUUGUUGACCCUCUGGCAAAGUUCUUGCCUGGUGUUCACCUCUCCAAGAUUGAUCACUGUGUUGGAAACCAGGAUUGGGAUGAGAUGGAUCAGAUUUGCGAGUACUACGAAAAAGCCCUCGGCUUCCACCGUUUCUGGUCUGUGGACGAUAGCCAAAUCUGCACCGAAUUCUCCGCCCUAAAGUCUAUCGUCAUGGCCUCUCCAAACGAAGUCGUCAAAAUGCCCAUCAACGAACCAGCAAAGGGCAAGAAACAAUCCCAAAUCGAAGAAUACGUCGACUUCUACAACGGCGCCGGUGUGCAGCACAUCGCCUUGCAAACAGAUGAUAUCAUCCGCGACAUUACAAACCUCAAAGAGCGCGGCGUCGAGUUUAUUAAGGUUCCUGAGACGUAUUAUACGGAUAUGCAGGCCCGGUUGAAGAAGUCUGGACUAGUGCUCAAGGAGGAUUUCGAGACCAUUCGCAGUCUGGAUAUCUUGAUUGAUUUCGAUGAGGGGGGUUAUCUGCUUCAGCUUUUUACUAAGCACUUGAUGGAUCGUCCUACUGUUUUCAUUGAGAUUAUUCAGAGACAUAAUUUUGAGGGCUUCGGUGCUGGGAACUUCAAGUCUUUGUUUGAGGCUAUUGAGAGGGAGCAGGAGCUUCGUGGUAACCUUGUUUAA